GGUGCCUUUUUUCUUCCGUGAAUUAUACUAAAUCCGUAAUUCGCUUACCUAAAAACGUCCUUGAAAACCUUACGACGAACCAAAUAUCAAACGCUUUGAAAGGAUCGAGAAUGGUUAUUCCUCAUGAAGUGCUGGCGUAUGGCUGGAUACCAUUUACAGUUGUCGUUGUUUUAAUCUUGGUUUUUUCAUGGUUCUACGUCCGUUACUAUCAAGACCACGCUCAGUCUGAUGUGUCCACCACACUCACAGCUAUUUUGGCCCUCAGUGUUUGUCUUCUUACAGUUGCACUGGUUCCCGUGGAUAUUUUUUUAGUGUCCUACAUGAAAAAUGAUGAUGGGAGCUGGAAGGAAUGGAGUGAUAAUGAGGAUGUAAGAAAUGAGUUUACACAAACAACUGCAGUAGGAUAUUAUGUGCUGUAUUCCAUGGUCGCUUUGUUAGCAUUUGUAGUAAUGCCAUUCAUGUAUUUCUACUAUGAAGAAAAAGAUGAAGAUGCCACCACCCGACAGAGGAUGUGUGGUGCCUUGAAGUACACUAUUGGGUUUUUGAUAGUUGGCAUCAUCCUUCUCCUUGUUGGAGCCUUUGCACCACUGAAGAAACCUCCAGAAAAUGUGACGCAUUGGGACAAGAGACUUUUGUUCAUGAAAGAUGAAUUAUUACACUCUGAACGUGGUGAAACUUCUCUGGCCCUGGUCAUGGGCUUUCUCUCCUUCAUUGGCAUGUUAAUCAUGAUCACAUACACUGCUUAUGGCAUGACUUCUCUGCCUUUUUCCAUGCUGAAAGGAUUCAAGAACUCCAAGAAAGAGCACUUGGAGGUCAGCCAGGAUCGAGAAUCAGUAGAGGAGCGUGCCCGAAUGAUCCGUGCUAAUUAUAUGGAUGGUUGUCCCAUGAGCGGUCAUGAUAGGAGGACCCUAACAAGGCUGGAAGGAGAGGAAAAACUUCUUGUCAGAAGAGAGAGACAUCUUCAGGCUGCCAACCUUGGCUGGCUUAAUAAGUGCUUGCAGUGCUGUCGUCCUUUUGAAGUUGUAUUUGGAGUGUUCUUUUUGUUGUUAGGUCUUCUAAUUAUUGUAUCCCUGUUUCUCACGAGCUUGGACAAGGCCCUGAAUUCAUUGGGCUACAAGUUUGGUUAUGCACUUCCCAAACCCCAGCUUCCAAAUCCUAUCAACAUCAUUAUGGUGUAUGCACAGAAGGUUUUUCCUCUGGACUACUGCUUGUUUGUGGCUAUUGUCCUCUACUUCCUCUAUUGCACCAUGGCAGGAAUCAGAGCAAUCAGCAUACGCUGCUGCUGGAUCAAACUCUACAAAAUCCGCCCUCGCAAAACUAUGCCUCAAGCUCUGCUGUUUUUGAUUCUGAUGUUGAUACUGACCAUGCUGUUCCUCAACAUUAUGUUGUUUACAUUGGCUCCUCAGUAUGUCAUGUAUGGGAGUCAACAUUACACGGUGAAGACCCAUCACACAGCUGUUGUUAGUAAUCAUACAGCUCAUAUCAAUGGUACACAUGGUAAUGUCACUCAUCCAACAAACACCACACCUGUAACUCCAAAAACCCAAGUCUGCUCCACUGAUGCUCCUGAAGAUAAAUGCCUGAUGACAAGAGCUGCUGUCUUCCUGAACCGAUUUUUGUACAAAGUUUGGUUCUUUGGGGCAUGCUAUUACUGGGGCACGUGGCUGUUCUUGGGA